AUGGAAGAAGCAGCGGGGAAGGUGAACUGCCAAAUCGAACCGGAGAGAAAAGAAGCAGUGAUAGAUACAUCAAAUUGGCCACUCCUGCUAAAGAACUAUGACAAACUGAACGUCCGAAGUUCCCAUUUCACGCCCCUACCAAUGGGAAACUCUCCCUAUUCGCGCAAUUUAGAAGAGUAUCUAAAAUAUGGGAUCAUCAACUUGGAUAAACCCAGUAACCCCUCCUCGCAUGAAGUAGUUUCUUGGAUAAGAAAAAUUCUAAGGUGUGAAAAAACAGGACACAGUGGUACCUUAGACCCAAAAGUAACGGGUGUGUUACUUGUAUGUUUAAACAGAGCAACCAGGUUGGUCAAAUCGCAACAGGAAUCUGGAAAGGAAUACGUAUGCGUAUGUAAAUUUCAUUCCAAGCCAAAAAGUCUUGAAGAAGUAAAGCUAGUGCUAAAUAACUUCCAUGGGGCUAUUUUCCAAAGGCCUCCAUUAAUCUGUGCAGUGAAAAGACAAUUAAGAGUGCGAACCAUUUAUGAUUCGAAGUUGUUAGAUUAUGAUGAUGCUAAUAAUGUAUGUGUAUUUUGGGUCAAAUGUCAAGCAGGAACUUACAUAAGGACCUUAUGUGAGCAUAUAGGUUUGCUACUAGGAGUAGGCGCUCACAUGCAAGAAUUGAGAAGAGUCAAAUCGGGAAAUAUGACAGAGUACGACAAUAUGUGUACUCUACAUGAUAUUCUGGAUGCCCAGCAUGUGUAUGAUACAACUGGGGAUGAAACUUACUUGAGAAAAAUUAUUACUCCGUUAGAGAAGCUUCUCAUAAACUUCCCCAGGAUAGUUAUAAAGGACAGUGCAGUGAAUGCCAUAUGUUAUGGUGCUAAGUUGACCAUCCCUGGAGUUUUAAGAUUCGAUAAUAAUAUCGAUGUAAACUCUGAAAUUGUGUUAAUGACAACAAAAGGGGAAGCAGUUGCCUUGGCCAUUGCUCAAAUGACGUCAAGUGUUAUUGCCACUGUUGAUCAUGGUGUUGUUUCUCUCACCAAAAGAGUUAUUAUGGAUAGAGAUACCUACGAUGUGAAGUGGGGUUAUGGUACUAGAUCUAUGGAAAAAAAAAAAUUAAUCCUUGCUGGCCUUCUUGAUAAGUACGGAAAGCCCAAUGAAAAAACACCACUAAGUUGGAUCAAAAGUGAAGGUUACGUUCCCAAACUGGUUGGCGACACGGCUAUUUAUACGCUCAACAACGAUGACAGUAACAAUAAUGAGGUGCGAGAAAAUGGGAAGAAUGUGGUGGGUGAAAAUAAUAACCCCGUUGGGGGAAGUUCCUCUUUCAAUUUAAGCGACGGAGAAAUGUGCCCCCUUUCGCUGAACCUUUAA